AUGUGUCCCCAGCCCGUCAUGGCUGACCUACCAUCUUUCCGGGUCAAGCCACAUCGUCCAUUUAGUAAUGUUGGAAUGGAUUAUGGUGGAACCUUCGUAGUGAAAGAGAGUAAGCGUCGAAACGCCAAGAGUUAUAAGGCAUAUCUUGCUUUGUUCGUAUGCUUAUCAACAAAGGCGGUCCAUUUGGAAGCAGUUACAGAUCUGUCCACGGAGGCCUUCUUAGCAGCUCUAGAUCGCUUCGUGGCCAGACGAGGAAUUCCAUCGACCAUACGAUCAGACUGUGGCACUAACUAUGUCGGUGCAGCUCGGAUACUUAACAAUUUAUUUAAGGAUGCCACGACACAAGACGUUUUACACGCCCGUAUCCCCUGUCAAUGGAUAUUUAAUCCACCCGCGGCCCCUCAUUUUGGGGGAAUAUGGGAAGCAGCGAUAAAAGGCGCGAAGUUGCAUAUGAAGAAGGUAAUUGGAUCUCAGAUUUACACACUGGAAGAAUUUAUGACAUUAAUCACCAAGGUUGAAGGGGUGUUAAACUCGCGACCAUUAGUAGCUGCGUCCAGUGAUCCAAACGAUUUGUGCGCGUUGACUCCUGGUCAUUUUUUAAUUGGUCAACCGAUCAUGGAAGUUCCUGACAGUGACGUUACCGACGUACCCCAAAAUUGUCUUCGCAGAUGGCAAUUGGUCAAACAGGCUACUCAAUCAUUUUGGACUCGAUGGAGUCGCGAAUACCUUCAUACAUUACAAAGCCGACAAAAAUGGUAUUCCCAAUGCGCCAAUUUAAACGUGGGAGACAUGGUGAUUAUAAAUUCUCCCGCUCGCCCUCCUCUAGCCUGGCAAUUGGGUCGCGUGAUGGAAGUCCAUCCUGGACCGGACAAGGUAGUGCGAAUAGUCACAGUUAAAACGGCAGAGGGACUCUUAAAGAGGCCAGUAGUAAAGGUUGUCAAGUUACCUACCUCAGAAGAUGCAACCGAUCCUAACUGA